AUCUAUGGAUCUAUGCGUUCUUUCAAAAUAUUUCGUGAAGUAACGAAGUAUCCCCAUUAAUGCGUACAACGAAUUGAAGCUGAAGAUAUGAGUAAACUGGCUGUUCUUGUCAACAAACUAGGUCAUGAGUUGGAGGAAAUCCGCUUACGUUCUCUUAAUUCAAUAAUAUCCAAACUGGACAAUGGAUUGAUUUCUCACGAGGAACUCCUUGACAAAGACAACUUAUUCCAGAAUUUAACUAAGUGGUUUCAGUAUAGAAAUACACUAGCCAAAGAAGAUGUUUUAAAAUUAAUUCUGAGACUGAUUAAGUCGCAGAAAGAUGCUAGUGUCCUCCUACUGAAGGCAGAUCCUGGGCUGGCAGUGUUGAGAGGGAUCACUGACUUUGAUGUGUUGAUCCAGGACAUUAUCAAUAUUACAUCAGAACAAGUCAACUCUGCAAGGUAUAUCAAGAGCGAUGGAACCAAAGAUCCUCACCAAGCAUUUGACUCAGUUGGUUCCAAGAGCAUCCAUAGUUUGGUCUCGUGUAAACAGUCUGCCAGGAACUCAAAAACUGUUGGAUCACAGUCAACACUCAGGCCUUCACUUGCCUCCUGGGACAAGCAUGGGUCUGCGAGAGUUAAAGACUUUCCAAUAGGAAAAACUACCAACUCUGCAACAUCUGUCUGGCCUGUUAGCCAAAAGGAAUCUGCUGUGUCCAGGUCUGAUGUGUCCAGCUCAGAUCGUAUGAUAUGGAGUUUGCCGAGGGUGCCUCUGGUUGCGUCCGAUCUCCAUGUCAUCACCACAGUCCAGGACUCCCUCAGCUCUUCAUCAGUGAACCAGACUUGCCAUUUCUUUGUCUCUGUCAUGCUACAGGACUUUCCUCCUCAAGUGUUCCUUCAGAAUCCUGGAGUUGUUUAUCAACUGAUAACUCUGCUAAGAAAACCAUCUGCCACAAUCUGUGCAGCAGUUGAGUGUUUGGCCGCUCUCACACAGCUGUUACUAGACCAGCUGAUAUUCUGCUCUCAGCUUGAGUUCACUUCCAACAAGCAUCAGUCGUAUGAGAGUGAAGGAGGUAGCACACCCAGAGAUGUUGUUCAGCAAUAUCAACUUGAGGGAUCCUUGUCAGGGGGCAGUGUCUUGCAGAUGAGCAUGAAUACUGCAACAGAACCGCUGCCUAUCCCGCAGUACUGUCUGAUGGUGUUGUCUGCCGCUGCUCAACUAGUAGGAGUGACUCCCCAAGCCUCCCCUCUGACUCUGACCACUCUGCAUUUGCUGUCAGCAGUCAUUCCUGACACACACACUCUCCUCACACAUCCUCGCCUGUCCCAGCUGCUUCACACACUAUUGGACGAGCUCACCACCUUAGUCAAACGGAGUGUGACAUGUGAUACAGUUGUUGAAGUGCAUGUGAUUGCAGUGACCUUACAAAUCGUAGAUGCUUUGGUGCCAGUAGACAUGGCAUCAGCUGUUCUACCAACUGAACUCCAAGACAUUCUCUGCUUCUCAAUUAUUGACCCAAUGCUGGUAGUAAAUUAUCCUGAACUUCAUGCCACUGCUAUUAACUUUGCCAACAUACUUGAGCACAAGGGGACACAUGUAUACAGAGAGGUUUUGUCAAUCAUGGAAGCUAUGAAGGCAAGUGUUUGUUUUUCUCACGAGAUGUCUUCCCUCUCCCCUACUCAAGCCCUCCAGCUCUUCAAAGAGUCCCUUCCAGCUCUGCCGUUUCAUCGAAACAUGAAUUUGAUUGAGGAGUUCAUUAAGUAUAUGUUGGAACGGCCAGACUUGACAGACUCAGACAUAGAAGAGGCUGCUCAGGUGACUAGAGCUCUGUUGGCUCACUCAGACACAGCCAUCACUCUGGAGACAUACAGGGUGUGUCACAAGGUUGUGUCCUCAGUGCUGGGUCCACGGUCAGACUUGACAGACUCAGACAUAGAGGAGGCUGCUCAGGUGACUAGAGCUCUGUUGGCUCACUCAGACACAGCCAUCACUCUGGAGACAUACAGGGUGUGUCUAAAGGUUGUGUCAGACUUGACAGACUCAGACAUAGAGGAGGCUGCUCAGGUGACUAGAGCUCUGUUGGCUCACUCAGACACAGCCAUCACUCUGGAGACAUACAGGGUGUGUCUAAAGGUUGUGUCCUCAGUGCUGGGUCCACAGCAGGCACUGAGCAACAUAGACCCUGGCCCCAGGAUACUGUUUCUCACACACACAUCAGUACUGGUGGAGAUCACAUGCUUUGGAGUCACCAGUCUUGAUAACAGGAUUCAGCAAAAUGCAGAGGACAUCCUGACUUAUCUGUUGAAGUGUCAGCUGUUAGUGUCAGAACGUUGGUGGUGUCGUCUGCUGGAACGGAUGUCUCCAGUGUUGCCACUUCUACAAUGCCACACCAGCAAAAUGUCCGCAUUGGGACGAGCAGUUUUAAACAUGUUAGACCCGGAUAUUGCAAAUUGUUCCAUCCUUUCUAACAUUCAGGUGUUGUUGGGCAAUGCCAGGCUUUUGUUUCACAAGGACACAAUCAUCCGAGAGGAAGCAGUGGCCAGGCUACUGUGGCUCACAGGAUUGACUGAUCCUCACAACAAGAGACUUGCAGACUUGUGUGUGUUAGAUGUGGCUGUCACAGGCCACACUCCCGUCACUGGUAUGUACGAGGCCAGCAGUGUAGUGAGGGUAGUAGAGCUGCUGUCAGCUCCCAGUGUCGAGGCUAGAGUACGACAAUCAGCCAUUACACAGCUGAGUGUAAUGACAGAAGACCCGAGGCUACAUCAAGUCUUCAUAGAUAAUCGGGGAGUAGAACUCUUCAUAUCUAUUUUGCAACAAGUUAUGGGUGAAAUCAAUGAAGACACUGGUUGCUCCGCUAUCCCGAUAGUUGCCACACUGAAAAACCUGGCAAGACACAAUUCUACAAUACGGCAAAGUUUAAGUCAACACGAGCAGUUCAUACUGCAUUUAAUAAAAGGCAUGUUCCAGUUGUCUGAGUGGAGGCUACAGAGAGAUGGAGCUCAGUUGCUAGCUCUGCUGGUGUACGCAGACUAUGUACUGAGCUGCCCAGCUUCUGUUUCAUUGCCUCACCUAAUCACGCAGACUUUGCACCUACCCUGGCUCUGCCAGUCUCAUUGGGCUGUCAGCCCCCACAGCACACCCUCCCUCAGAGGUGUGGUGCUGGGGGAAAUGGGAGCGGAGAGGUUGUUGUCCACAUACUGGGCUGUCCUCACUGUGGGACUGGACCAUCUACUGGAGCUGUCUCAUGUCACUGAAAACAAUACUCCAAUGGCUCUGUCACAACGUACACUGCGACAGUUGCAGGCGUCCAACAUCCCUCAUGGCUGUAGAUGUUCUCUCUAUUCGUUUCAAAAUGCAACAACACACACUGCAGCUCUACAGGCCUUGGCAGAGCUUACCUCAUAUCUAGAGAUCAGUUGGCUCACAGAACCCUCCAAUCUCGCAUCCCUCCCAUGGAAAAACACAUUCAAGAGGUUUUUGCUGAUCCCACCUUCAGGCCAAGAUGACUUUAAUCUUCUAUUUUUGGUUCUGAAGUUUCUUCAAUUUCUUUUAGAAGUGAGCCCAGAGCAGAGUUUAUGGGUCUCCGAGGCCCUGUUGUGUCCUCCUCACACACUGUUGCAACUCAUCAUGGUAGCCAACUCACCCAGCCACGACCAGGAGAUGUGGAAAAAGAUUUGUCUUAACACUUUAGCAGUGUUGAUUGGCAAACGUUAG